CUGCGUCACACAUGCGCUGACCAAUCAGAGAGCAGCUACAAAAAGGCUAGUUAGCUCGCUGCUAAGUGCCGGAGUGAGAACAAAGCGCGCGGAGCAAAGACACCUGGACACAGUUCUACUUUUCAGGCAGGUGAGGUUUGUAACAGUGACGUCACGCAGGUGUGUUCUGAGCUGGCACGCGGAGAGGUCACCUGUUUCAUCGGCUGCUUAAGUUGUUUACUAGCUGAAGCUAACCGGCUAGCUCCUGUUAGCACAGUCUCAGGUUUCUGCUGCGGUCUGACGGGUUCAUGAUCGAGUCCAGGACUGCAGAGCCCGUUCGGUAUCAUGGCCCUCGCUGAGGAGCAGCCAGAGAAACACUGCUGGGUGUGUUUUGCGACCGAGCGAGACGACCACAGUGCGGAGUGGGUGAGCCCGUGUCGCUGUAAAGGCUGCACCAAAUGGAUCCACCAGUCGUGUCUGCAGCGCUGGCUGGACGAGAAGCAGAAAGGAAACAGCGGCGGGCCGGUCAGCUGUCCGCAGUGUGGCACCGAGUACCACAUCACCUUCCCCAAGAUGGGCCCGUUGGUGUAUUUCCUCCAGCAGGUGGACCGAGCUCUGUCCCGGGCCAGUCCCUUCGCUGCUGUCGGGGUGGUGGUCGGGACCGUCUACUGGUCAGCGGUCACAUACGGAGCAGUGACCGUCAUGCAGGUCGUGGGACAUAAGAAGGGUCUGUACGUGAUGGAGCGAGCCGACCCGCUGUUCCUGCUGAUGGGUCUGCCCACCAUCCCCGUGGUGCUGGUCCUGGGAAAGAUGAUCCGCUGGGAGGAUUACAUCGUGAGGCUGUGGCAGAGAUACUCCUACAAAGGGAAGCUCCCGCAAGGUACCAGCCGUUACCUUCCCCGAGUCCCUGUGGACGGACCUGGUUCAGGAGAUCACCUCUCCGUGUCCAGGACUCUGUGUGGAGCUCUCGUCUUUCCCUCCAUCGCCAGUCUCGUGGGGCGGCUGCUGUUUGGGCGGAUGCCCUCGAAUCUUCAGCGCACCGUCCUGGGCGGCAUCGCGUUCGUGUUGAUCAAAGGAGUGUUGAAGGUGUAUUUCAAACAGCAGCAGUGCAUCAUUCAGGCCAACCGCCACAUCCUCAACUACCCGGAAAGAAGCGCAGACGGACAGACGGACGACGGCGAGGACGACACAGAGGACAGCGGGAAUGAAUAGUUUUAUCAGCUCGGGAAAACUGUGAUGGAAGACGGGACAGAAACAAAAUAUUUUACUAUAAAACAGGAAACAGAAAGUGUCCGUUAGAGAGUCGGCUUGAUCUGCGUUCACUGGAGAACAGGAGGAGCGAUUUCCUUUUAAUUCGAAUUCAAACACAUGAAGUCACUUUUUAUUCUCUCGGCCUUUCGACGUCGUCUCAGCGUCUGCAGCUCUGACCUCAAACUUGGAGUGAGGUCAUUAGAUCGAGCACGUGCAGAGCGGCAGUCGCCGUGUUUCCAUCAACGCUUCCGUCGAUUUGUCGCGUGAACUCAAACUCAGAAGUCUCGAGGUGUUUUUUGUCUUUUGGCUCGAGAGAAGUCACGUGACCGAUCAGCUGUUUCCUUGCAGCUUCGCACAGAAUUGGCGCCACCUGCUGCUCAUCUCGUGAACUCUUCUAAACAAAUCACGUUUCUCGUUUGCUGAAUUUGCGUUUGAAUAGAGACACGACUCGUGACUGGAUGAAAGAUCAUUAUUUAAAUAUUUAAAACACACGCAGUUAAACAGGAAGCAGAUUAAAUGUGUAAGAAUUUCAAAAUAAAGUCACCAGGUUGUCAGCGCAGGCAGAUUCACGCGCUGAGUAACAAACUCAUUCAUGCUCAUUAUUCCACAUCGUACUGCGCCUUAACUCAUAAAGCGGAUAUUAAUGUCUUCCUUUCAUGUGCCUUAUUUGAAGCACUUUUCCACAACAGAACGAGUCAGAACUGAGUCAGAACCAGGUCCUGGACUGUAACACGAGAUGUCGGCGAUCCUUCCCGGACAGUUUUCCUCCGUUAUGCAAUGUGAUAUCUCUGCUUUUAGUAUUCCAGGAGACUCGAGCCAGUCGAAGCGCUUCGAGGUCCGUCGUGGUUCGGAGGCGUUUCGUUUGUUUCGUUGCACUCGGAUAAAAACAGACUCGCGUGUUUGGAACAUAAAUUAAAAAAUCUAAAAAUA